CACCCAAGCAGUAUCAAAUAUUAAACUUUCUGUUCCGUCAAAAUAGUCUGGACAAAUUAAAAUUCGCAAUUAAAAUCCGAACAGACAUGGCUAAAAUAUUUCAAUUGGAAUUAUUCAUAAAGGAAAUGUCCUUAUGGACAUUACCGCAAGGCUCCGAGGACCAUGACGAGACUCUUGUUGAAGUAACCGUGUUUGAUAUGGAAAAUGUUCCAAUCAACGGUUACGUGUUCGGAAAAAACAGUACCAUGAACCGAGGACAAAAUUUCCUGUUCACAUUAGGGGGAAUGCCCGCCGACAAUAAUAAAGUUUUUUUCAACGUUUUUAAGAAGGCGUACAAUAGAGAGAAGAAUUUUUUAGGAAAUGGAAAUAUUCCAAUUGACCAAAUUUUUGGUGAUUUAUUUUCUCAAAUUUUCAAAGAUGCCACUGCAGCAAAAACGUCACAAGUCCUAUUCCAAAAUAAUUCGCAAAAUUUGAGCGCUCCCAUCGUUGGACUCCAACCCAAUUCUCAGGGUGUGAAACAAAGUCCUUCACAAACUAAAGCAAAUGCAGCUUCAAAUAAUCCCAAAAACGACCCACAAGUUCCGAAUCAAACACAAAAUCAAGCUGCGAAACAGAGUUCAAUUCCUGCGAAGCAGAGCCUUUCAAAAACUAAAGCACGUACAAAGGCUAAUCCCCAGAAAGAUAAACAAGCUCCAAAUCAACCACAAAAUGAAGCUACGAAGCAGGGUCCAUCACAGACCAAAGGCAAUCCAAAGAAGGAUUCUAAAACAAGUGCACAAGAUCCAAAUCACGGCGAUGCCAAUGUUGCUUCCACAAACGAUCCACAAGACCCAAAGGACGCCGCUAAAAAUGAUCCACAAGCUAGCAUACCUGCGAUAAAAAAUCUGAAAGCCGUUAACAUAUCGGCUACGACUCAGGGUUCUCCAACUUCCGGCCUAUCCAAAGAUGUUUAUCCGAUUAUUGGUUGUGAUUCGAAGCAGUGGGGAACGAUUUGCAUUUUAAUGAGGCUCACCUGUUUCGGUCAAUCUAAUGCGCAUCCAAUACUGAUCCAUCAAAACCACAAAGAAAUCAUUUUGCAAAAUACUCCCAAAUCAGCAACGUACAAAUGUGUACCACUUCAACGACAGUCGCACGGUCGUAACGACCUUCGCAAGACAAAGCAGGGAAUGAACUACAAUACUGCAACGAAUAUGUCUAGUAGCAGUACCAGUAGUUCUAGUACCACAACCACCAACGAUCCAACCAGCAGAACAACUGCAGUUAAAUCACAUUUCCGCAGACCGAAUGCUGCGAAAUCAAAGAUUACUAGUAGCACUUCCAGUAGUGGUAGUUCCAGCAGCAGCAGCAGUGCUACAAUUAAUCCGUGUCCUGGUCCUCCAGGUUCACCUAGUGAACAAUACGAAGAAUUUACAGCUGAAAUCAAUGGCAAUGCUUUAUGUGUUCGAGUGCCAAAGAAUGUUGGAACUGUAAAGAGAAUAUACGACAAUCCAACUUCUUCCAAGAAAAUGGACAGCAUUCAAAAUACAUAUCCCGAUCGUCGAAAAAUUCCGAUUAUUCGCGGAAAUCGAAAGUAUCCUGCCCAUUAUGGUACAAUGUCGUCACUUCCAAGUCCUCGAAACAGUGCGAGUUACAACAGCAUCACCGAAAAUCGCAUUUGCAGAAGUGAUGACAUCAGUUGUCCAUCGAACGUUCAAAUUAUUAGAAGAAAUACCGACCCGGCGAGAGACGUUUUUCUGCUGAACAUUGGUAGAGACGCUCGAAAUGGAAAGGGUAUUCAACUGGAAAUGAAAACUCCAAAAAAUCCGAUGAAUGGAAGCAUAAAUAAUAAGCAGACGACGUCAGUGCAGACUUAUGAAGAUGAAUUUGUGGGCGGUGGCAAAAAGGGUGGCAAAGGGGGCAAAAAAGGCGGAAAGAAGGGUAAGAAAUAAAAACAAAUGUGAAUGAAAUUCAAUAAGUUGUUGAAUAGAGAUUACAACAUUGAGAAUUCGUUGAUGUUGG